AUGUGUGGGCUGCUUGUUAAUGCUAGACCGAGAACAAAAUUUUUCAUUUAUGGAGGAGCUUCCAGCGAAGUGUUAGAAAAUCCCAAAAGGUUUCAAACACGACUCUGCUCAGAUAUAGAGGUUUUAACACUCGGUGAAGAGUGCCACUGGGACGUAGUCCAAACCGUAUCUGCAGCGACAGCGGCUGCAGAACAGCGCGAGUCUGCGGAAAAGGCAUGCGUAGCGAAGCGUAGGCCACAAGGCACAGCGGCAAAUGCAUCGCCUCAAGCAACAGCAGCUGCGGAUCUUCCUCUGCCACGCGAAGGCGCGACCAUGGCAUACUUUGCUGAAGACUCAACUUUGGUUGUGUUUGGUGGCUGGAGUGGCAAAUGGCUUGGCGAUCUUUGGACAUGCUGCGUCUCCUCCGUCGUGGGUCCUCCAUACGCUAUCCUUGACGUUUCACCACCUCAUGGUCCAAUGACGGGAGGUACACCAAUUAGUGUUAGGGGUGCUGGAUUUACAGCUGGUUCAAUCUGCGUCCGCUUUUCUGCUGGCGAAUUCUUCGUGGACGUCCCGGGCACAUUUAUAUCGACAACGGAAAUUCGCGCUGUGACUCCUAAUGUUAAGGCCGCCCUGGGUGAGUCAAAACACCACUUCAGCCAGCUCCCUCACUUAAGCCUGAAAAAGCAAACCUCCGACAAAAGCCCACGAACGUGCGAAAUUCGCGUCAAGAUUGGAGCCAAAGAUUUGACUUCUUCUCUCUGUUCAUUUCAGUUUUUCGCAAAUUCGUGCGCAUCAUACUGCCUCGCCGUGGGGCCCGGGUUGCUUUCUGAUGGAGCUCCUGGUGUGCCUACGUCAUUCUUUAUUGAAGCGAGGAAUGCGCAAAAUGGGAAAAGGACCACCGGAGGUGAUAACUUUGUUGUAAGGGCAUUUGUACUCCCUGAGGUAAGCCUGAAUGCCUCCCCAAUUCUGCUUGCCAGAAACGAUUGCCAUCAUGAACAGAAACAGUAG